AUGGAAUCCGAAGAGAGACCUACCAAAUUACGGAAGCUCAGCCACGACAACAUCAAAACUGAGAAUGGCCCAAAGGACGAUUUUGAAGCGUCACAUGUUCGUUCUGAAAAUGGACACGCAGAUGCUACGAACGAACUUGGAAAGGAAUUGCCAAAAGCUGAGGACACUCACCACGACGAAAAGUUCGUAGAAGAAGAUGAUCAUCUGCCAAAUCCUGAAGAGACAGCGCCUUCCUUAGCAGCGAUCAAUAGCGGCACCGGCGAUCCGCCUUUAUCCAAGAACCAAAUGAAGAAAUUGCGGAGAAAGGCUGAAUGGGAGUCGAAACGGGACGAAAGAAAAGUCGUCCGUAAAGAAAAGGCGGUCGCUAGACGUGAACGCAAGAAAGCCGCCAAGCAGGAAGCAGAGGCAAAAGGAGAGGCGCCUGCUGAGCCGCAAAGACAGCUCCAAACUCAUGCCGUGCAAUUGCCAGUCACGAUUGUGAUUGACUGCGAUUUCGACGAUCUGAUGCGAGACAACGAGCGAAUCUCACUGGCUGCACAGAUCACUCGAUGCUAUUCGGAUAACAGGAAAAGCCUCUUUCGAGCUCACAUUGUCUACUGCUCUUUUGGAGGCAAGCUGAAGGAACGAUUCGAUACAGUUCUGGACAAGAACUACCAGUCUUUCCGAGGCGUGCGUGCUCUUGAUUCGGACUUCGUCGAGACUGCAGAGAAGGCGAAGGAAUGGAUGUCUGCAGCUGAAGGCGGCAAGCUGGCUGGGGUCUUCUCCAAAUACGCAGAACUUGACGACGAAAAGCGGGAGAAGUUGAAAGCAGAAGGCGAAGUGGUCUAUCUUUCGUCCGAAGCUGACGAGGACUUGACCGAGCUCAAACCAUACAGCACCUAUAUCAUAGGCGGCCUGGUGGACAAGAAUCGCGAAAAGGGCGUGUGCCAUAGACGUGCUACGAACCGUGGGAUCAGGACGGCUCGACUUCCAAUUGGCCAGUACAUGGAGAUGCAGAGUCGCAAGGUCUUGGCUACGAACCAUGUUAACGAGAUCAUGAUCAAGUGGCUAGAGUGCGGUGACUGGGGUGAAGCGUUCAUGAAGGUCAUCCCCAAGAGGAAAGGCGGGUCCCUGAAGGGCGAAGAGGGAAUCAAGGAAGAAGACGACAAGAAAGAAGAUCAUGAAGAAGGAGACGAUAACGGCGAGGAGCACGCAAACAGCUAA